AUGCCGCUGUGUUGCGGUGCUACUUUUAUGUUUGCUGUCUGUAAGGAUACUAGAGUUGCAUUAUUGUUGACUGGAGUGAGAAACAUUGACAUACUCAGGAAAGCUAACAACCUUACUGUGAAUUCAAGGUGCAGAUUUUUAUUUUGCAAAGAUAGUAGAAGAAAAUAUAUUGGCCGAGUGAGGUGCGCAACUGCAGUUCCUGGAACUAGAGAGAGGAUGGAGAUGGAGAGGAAAGAGAGGGUAAGAAAAGCUGAGGCGUUGGUUGAGAAAGCAAUGAAAGGGAAUGAUGCUUCUCACGAUGCAGUGCAUGUUUGGAGGGUUCGUGACCUUGCUCUCUCCCUUGCCUCUGAGGAAGGCCUCUCUUCUGAUCCACACUCCAUGGAAAUCGUAGAGCUUGCUGCACUCCUCCAUGAUAUAGGUGAUUACAAAUACCUAAGGGACCCGUCUGAGGAAGAAACUGUUGAAAAUUUUCUCAAAGAAGAGGGAGUUGAAGAGAAUAAGAAAUCAAAAAUUUUGGAAAUCAUUAAAGGAAUGGGUUUUAAAGAGGAGGUGACAGGAAAAGGAAAUACCGAAUGGUGUCCAGAAUUUGGUGUUGUCCAAGAUGCUGAUAGGCUUGAUGCUAUUGGUGCUAUAGGAAUUGCAAGGUGCUUCACCUUUGGCGGGAGUAAAAAGAGGGCGCUGCACGAUCCUACCAUUUUACCAAGAUCUGAUUUAUCCAAGGAACAAUACAUGAACAAAGAGGAACAGACUACAAUUAAUCAUUUCCAUGAGAAACUUCUCAAGCUUAAAGAUAUGAUGAAAACCAAGGCUGGGAAAAGGAGGGCUGAGAUAAGGCACAAGUUCAUGGAGGAGUUUGUGAAAGAGUUCUACGAAGAAUGGAACGGUUCAGUCUAA